CAGAACCAAGGACUACCCAGUGGUGUGUAUAACGUGUCGCUUUUGAGAAGUCACUUUUUGAUCCCGGUGUUUUGUGACAUGACGACUGCUUCAGGUGGUUGGACGGUCAUUCAACACAGAUAUGAUGGCUCAGUGGGCUUUUAUAGGAACCUUUCUGAGUAUACCGAUGGAUUUGGCAACGUCGGUACGGAGUUUUGGCUAGGCCUAAGUUACAUUAAAGAAAUAGCUGACAAAGGAAACACCACAAUUAGAAUGGAGGUGUCGGCAGCAGACGGAAGUUCAGCGUAUGAGGAGUGGCCGGAAUUCCGUCUCGGUGACGCUCCUACAUACACCCUUCAUGUUGGGGGCCGUGGCAUAGGAACAGCCGGCGAUUCAGUGCGAUACUUCGAACAGGGUAACAAUGGCUCGGACUUCACUGCCACUGGAAGCUACUGCGGGGAUAUACAACAUGGAGCAUGGUGGCAUAAUUCUUAUUGUACGUAUAUCAACCUGAACGGAGAAUACGCCACACCGGGCACGAGGUCCAGAUAUGACAACGGGUGGGGUGGAAUGGUCUACUUCAGUUUCAAAGACAAAUCGUCACUGAAAAUGUCGACAAUAAUGAUCAGAAGAAAUGAUUAAGUGGAAUAGUACUCACAAUUACAUUUACACAGGGGAGUAUCACGUGAUCGCUAUAGUACAUCGGCCGAACAAGAUGGCGGACAUUGUACUCGCUUUGAUUGUCCAGAACUUUUGUUAAAAACGGAACCAUCACUUGAAAAUUACAACGAAGUAUACAUUUGCAAAUUCAAUCAAUAUUUUGUAGAUAUUUGUUUCAUAUACCUGCUUUUUGCACUAAAACAAACGGAAAUCGAACUUAUACGGACAAUGCACGCGCAGAAAUAAUAUCUGUAUCGAGUUUCAGGCUUAAAUUAAGCAAACUUCCGAAAAACAAAAGACACAAGAGUAAACUGUGUUACAAUGCGGGUACGCCUAUUCUAAAGAUCCAACCUUAAUAUUCACCAUCCGUAAAUACCGAAAUUAUACGUUGAAACGGGCGAAUUAUUCGCCAUCUUUUCCGGCCGAUGUACUAUAGCGAUCACGUGAUACUCUCCUGUGAU